AUGCCGGCCCCCGUUCCCACCGACAUUAUCCGCUUCACCAACGGCUACAUUGCCCUGGCGGACGGCACGGCCGUCAAGGCCGACCUGUUCGUUUCCCCCACCUUGGGCAAGAUCGUUAGCGGCCAAGAAACGUUCUUCUCGGCCCGCCUCCAGCCGGCGCGUACCAUUGACCUUGAUGGCGGUCUCCUCGCACCUGGCCUGAUCGAUGUGCAGAUCAACGGAGCGUACGGCGUCGACUUUUCCGAGCUCGACAUUGCGCCUGGUGGCGAGGAUGUCUACCUUGCUGGACUCGACAAGGUUGCAGAGCGCAUUGUGGAGACUGGAACAACGUCGUUUGUUCCUACCAUUAUUACUCAAAAGGAGGAGCUGUAUGCCAAGCUCCUUCGCCUUCUCAGCCCCCGUUCGUCCCCCAAUGCCGCCCACUCGCUGGGAUACCAUGCUGAGGGCCCCUUCCUGCACCCCGAGCGCCGCGGCGCGCACAACAACGCUCUGCUUCUCACGGCCUCGACGAUGCCCCCCAUCGAGGCGUUUGACAAGGUGUACGGCGCCGAGGGCCUGGACCAGCCGGGUGUCAAAAUGAUCACUGCGGCCCCGGACGUCGAGGGUGUCAUGGCCUGCGUCGAGAACCUGACAAGCCGCGGAGUGACAUUCUCCAUCGGCCACUCUGACGCCGACCUCGAGCAGGCUCAGCAGGCCGUCGACCGCGGCGCCCGCAUGAUCACCCACCUGUUCAACGCCAUGCCCCCAAUCCACCACCGCGACCCGGGCGUCAUUGGUCUGCUCGGCGACACCACUCGCAGGCCAUACUUUGGCAUCAUCGUCGACGGCCUCCACUCGCACCCCAACACCAUCCGCAUCGCAUACGGCGCCGCUCCCGACCGCUGCAUCCUCGUCACAGACGCCCAGUGGAUCAUGGACCCCAACCUUGCCGACGGCGUGCACCACUGGCGCCCGGGAUUCGCGUUCCGCAAGGAGGGCCUGCGUGUCGUCAUCGACGGCACCAACACGCUCGCCGGCUCGGCCAUUCCCUUUGCCGAGUGCGUGCAGAACCUCUCCAAGUGGGCCGGCAUUACCCUCCCGCAGGCGCUCGUGUGUGCGACCGCACACCCUGCAGCCAUGCUUGGCCCGCACGUCGCCGAACACAAGGGCCGCCUCGAGGAGGGCUUUGACGCCGACAUGUGUGUGUUUGACUGGGACGGGCGCGUGCGCUCCACCUGGGUCAUGGGCAAGGAGGUCUUCCGCGCCGCGGACGUGUGUGACGGUGACAUCCUGCGUCCCCGUAACCAGGUCAACGGCAAGGCGUAG